AUGAGCAUAGUCAAGCACUGUGCUGAGAUCUCAGACCCAACCAUGCUUUUCAACACUAGUUCUGACAUUGAACAAUCCAAACGAUUGGUAUGGGAUUAUAAGAAUGGAGUUAUUCCCGAAAUGACUCCAGAAUUAUGGAGAGCUAAACGUAUUUUGGAUUCAACUUUGCAUCCAGACACUGGUGAAGUGGUCUUCUUACCUUUUAGAAUGUCAUCAUGUGUUCUAUCCAAUAUGGUGGUGACAGUUGGGAUGUUGACCCCUGGAUUGGGAACUGCUGGUACGCUCUUUUGGCAAGUGGCAAAUCAAUCAUUGAAUGUUGCUAUCAAUACUGCCAAUGCUAACAAGUCACAUCCUUUAACUACCCAACAGAUCUUGACCAAUUACGCUAUGGCAGUGACUGCCAGUUGUUCAGUAGCAUUAGGGUUGAAUCUGAUUGUUCCCCGAUUGAAGUCUUUGAGUGCCAAUACUAGAUUGAUCUUGGGAAGAUUGGUACCAUUUGCAGCAGUUGUAUCUGCUGGUGUUGUCAACGUAUUCUUGAUGAGAUCAGAAGAAAUCAAAAAAGGAAUCAGUGUAUUUGAUAAUGAUGGCAAUACCGUGGGUACUUCUAAGACCGCUGCUUGGUAUGCGGUUGGAGAAACUGCUGCUAGUAGAGUGAUUAAUGCUACUCCAAUCAUGGUGAUUCCUCCAUUGAUCUUAGUUAAACUACAAAAGACAUUUUUGAAAGGCAAGCCCAAGAGAGUAGAACUCUUGACUAAUAUUGGUUUGAUUUUUGGUACCUCACUUGUUGCAUUACCAUUUGCUUUGGGUGUUUUCCCUCAAAGAAGAUCACUCCCAGUUUCCAAGUUGGAAGACAAGUUCCAAGAUUUAAAGGACAAAGAUGGUAACAAGAUCGAACACUUACAAUUCAAUAGAGGAAUUUAA